GUAGCUGUCAUUACAAUUUUAAAAACAUUGGCAUGCGUACAUACGGAAAAAUACAACAUACGAAAGCUAAUAAUGUUAAUAUAAUUUGACAAAGUAAACCGAUACAAUGGAUGCAUAUGAUAUAUUUAAGAAACUUACUAAAGGGUUAACAUUUAAACGACGUGUAUUGGGUGUAAAUAAUCAUGAACAAAAUGUCAAGCCGAUGCUCAAAAAGGCAGAAUUAAAAAAAGAAGAACCAGCUGAGGUCAGUGACAUAGAAGAUGAAGAAAACGAGGAUGUAUGUGGUGAAAAUUCAGAUGACGCAAGUGAUGUAGAAUCACCAGACGAACAAAAUGUGGACACAGAAUCAAAUGACGAACUGCAAAUUGUUGAAGGAUUGUCUGUUGGGAAAAAGGAUAAGAAGAAGAAAGAGAAGAAGUCUAAACUCACACCGGAAGAAUUGCAAAAGAAGCUCGAGUUGGAAGAACAAAACAGAUUCCGCAACGAAUACGGCAUCAAAGCAGUCGGGCGUCACAUACCCAGCGCACUGCGGGACUUCUCCGAGCUGACGUCGCGAUACAAUGUGUCCCCAGAGCUAGUGGACACGAUCAGGCAGUGCGGGUAUAGCGAACCCACCCCGAUACAACGACAGGCUAUGCCUUGUAUGUUGGAGAAUCGUCAACUCAUAGGCACAGCGCCCACAGGCUCAGGGAAAACAGCCGCAUUCCUUAUACCCCUAUUGCACAUUCUCGGGGCUCCAGCCGGAGGCCCCAGGGCCCUGAUCCUGUGCCCCACGCGGGAACUAGCACAGCAGAUAUACAGAGAGGCCCUACGGCUGUCCGCUAGUACGGAAUUGAGGUGUAGCGUAGUUAAGAGUAUCAAACUGAGCAAGGUUAAAGAGAGAGAGGCUACGGUUAGGAAGAGUGAUAUAGUGAUAAGCACUCCUAACCGUCUCUGCUACAUGCUAGCUCAAGAGAACUGCAGUGUCACUUUAGAUAAAGUGCAAUGGCUGAUCAUAGACGAGGCGGACAAAAUGUUCGAAGGGUCCAUUGAUGAAGUGGCCACGUUCAGACAGCAGCUGGGCACAGUGCUGGGCGCGUGCAGUUCCGCGCGUGUGGGCAUGUUCAGCGCGACGCACACGCCCGCCGUGGCCAAGUGGGCGAGGAGGACCGUGCGCGGGCUUGUGAGCGUGGCCGUGGGCGCUAGGAACGCAGCAGCAACAACAGUAGACCAAGAGUUGUUGUUUUGCGGUAAUGAAAAUGGGAAGCUAGUGGCAUUCAGACAGCUUGUACAGAAAGGACUCAAACCGCCAGUACUCGUUUUCGUACAAAGCAAAGACAGAGCCAAGCAGCUGUUUAAAGAACUUAUUUAUGAUGGAAUUAAUGUUGAUGUUAUUCAUGCAGAUAGAACUCAGGCGCAGCGUGACAACGUGGUACGCAGUUUCCGCGUGGGUCGUAUCUGGGUGCUAAUUUGUACGGAACUCAUGGGUCGUGGGAUCGAUUUCCGUGGGGUCAAUCUGGUGAUCAAUUAUGAUUUUCCACCUUCAGCUAUAUCUUAUAUUCACAGAGUGGGUCGAGCGGGCCGAGCGGGGCAAAAGGGCAAAGCUAUCACGUUCUUUACGCAAGACGAUGUAGUUAAUUUAAGAAGUAUAGCAUCAGUUAUGAAACAAUCCGGUUGUGAGGUUCCCGAAUACAUGUUGCGUUUAAAACAAGACCCAAAUAAAAGGAAAAAGCUCGCCAAGAAAGCGCCUCAUAGAGAUAAAAUAUCUACUAUAUUGGAAAAACCUAGCAAACGAAAACUUGAAGAAACAGAUAAAUCAAAAACAAAAGAUACAGAUGCAGUGAAAAAUAGUAAAAAUAAGAAAUUAAGGAAAGUUUCCAGUAAUGAAGAAAAAGUCAAGACAAAGAAGUUUGGAAAAGGCAAAAUAGAUAAGAAAAAUAAAGGCGAGAAUUUCAAAGAAAAGACAGGCAAGAGUAAUUUUAAGAAAAAGAAGAAUAUGAAACCUAUGAAAUAAAGUUUCUUUAUAAAUUA